UGUCAAACCGGAACGUGUCCUUACGGUGCUCGCUGCACGUUUCGUCAUCAGAAUGGCUCAGUCACAAUCAACUCUACCGCCGUUCAUGCUGCUCCUACUACUAUUACUAUGUCAAUACCCCCGUCUGCAACAACCACAACAACCACUACUACUGCUGCUGCUGCUACUGCAGUCAAUAUGGCUCCACCAUCCCUGUCACCCAUUUUAUCAGAACACCAGCAGGCUUCAUCAACGUCAACAGCGGUGGCUUCUUUGACAACAACAACAACAACAACAAUAACACCGACACUGACACCACGACAGCCAACUUGCUCAUUCUUGCUGCAGCAUCUCCAACACCAAGAACAGCAAAGACAACAAAGACAGCAAUCGGCUAUUGUGAGUCGACAAAGAGAGCCAAAUGACGAUCCACUAUUAUUGCCAACCGAUGCAGAAAGCUUGUUGCCGCCGGGCUUGCUUGCCGAUGACCCGUCUCCUCCAUUAUUACCUCCACCGCCACUAGCGCCGCUACAGCCACCACCAUCGUCAUCGUCGUCGACAAUGUCUCAACAGUUCCAUCCAACGAUAGUAGCAUCUUCCUCCACAUCGUCCUCCUCCAGACGGGCGUCCCUGAUGCUGUUCCCGUGCUAUUCAUCCGCUUCUUCGUCGGGAUCAAGCCUCUGGACUGCAACGCAUUAACUUUGCUUCUUUGUCUUUCUAUUACUUAUUUCCACACAUAACUCACAAUCACAAUCCCAUUAUAACUAUUGCACAGUUUGACACACAUUUUUCCUCUCCUCCACUUUGCACAUAACUCUAUUUUACAGAACAUUUGCUUGCGAAUCACAACAACAAUAACAGCAGCAGCAGCAGCAGCAGCAAUUUGUUUCAAUAAAUAAUCUUGAAUUUUCGCACACAGUAU